AUGGGAAAAGGAAAGAACAAACAAGCCGAGGACCGUUCAUCCAAAAGCCGUACCUCUAAUGGGCAUAAAUCAAAGCAACAUCAUGUGAGAAGAGGACGUCAAGAAGAAGGCAGUCAAAAAACCGCUGCUGAUGCAAAGUUCCCUGUGAAACUAGCCAUGUGGGAUUUUGACCACUGUGAUCCCAAAAGAUGCUCUGGCAAAAAACUAGAAAGGCUAGGGUACAUCAGAAACAUGAGAGUCGGGCAGAAGUUCCAAGGUAUUGUUGUCUCGCCAAAUGGUAAAGGUGUGGUGUGCCCAGAUGACAAGGAGAUAGUUGAGAGCUUCGGUGCAGCUGUUGUGGAGUGUUCAUGGGCUAGACUAGAUGAGGUGCCUUUUAACAAAAUAGGGGGUAAACACGAGAGACUUCUACCUUACUUGGUUGCAGCCAAUACGGUGAAUUAUGGCAGGCCAUGGAAGCUCAACUGCGUGGAAGCACUUGCAGCGUGUUUUGCUAUAGUGGGCCAUAUCGACUGGGCCGAGGAGCUUUUGCAAAACUUCUCGUGGGGUCUCACUUUCUUGGACAUUAACAAGGAGUUGAUCGAAGUGUACCAGCAAUGCACGGAUUCUGCUUCUGUUGAGGAGGCUCAAGAGCAGUGGAUGGCCAAGUUGGAGGAGGAAGUGAAGCAGAGAAAGGAGCAGAGUGCCACGGGUGAUGUGUGGAUGAUGGGCAAUGUCAACCGUCAGGGUGACAGUGAUGCAGAGACUGAGAGUGAAGUGGAUAGUCUUGGGAACGAGAAGAAGGUGGAUGCUUUUGGUAACUUUGUGGAUGAGAGUGAGAGCGAGAGUGAGGAAGAGGAGGUGGAGUACGAUAAGCUUGGAAACGUCAUUGAGAAGGGAUCCGGAGUUGACGAGGCUACAGGAGCCAUGAAAGCAUUGGAGAUCGAUGCUUAG